AAAAAACGAGCCUUAGAGGCAGGUAGGCGGGCAGGCUCCGGCGUUUGCCUCCGUAAGUUUUCAGUGUGGUGGUGCGCAGGAUAAGAACCCUGUGGCGCCGCUGUCCAUUUUGGUAGUUUGUGGUGGAUGGGUCAGUCAGCUUCAACGGCCGCAAUUUCAGGCCGCCGAGACUCAAGCCUGAGCCACCGAUCGAAGUCAAAAUCGACGGCUUUGAUCUUACCGAUGCAAGAUGAUGAAGCUGAGGAGCAUGAUGGAAGUCUAGAUGGAUCAUCCGAUUACAUAUCUGAUCUACCAGACGAGUGCUUGGCUUGCGUUUUCCAGUCUCUCAACACCAGUGACCGGAAGCAAUGCUCUCUUGUUUGUCGGAGGUGGUUGAAGAUCGAGGGACAGAGCCGUCAUCGGUUGUCUCUGAAGGCACAGUCAGAUCUGCAUCCCUUGAUUCAUUCUCUUUUCUCUCGCUUUGAUGCAGUCACCAAACUCGCCUUGAAAUGUGACCGUAAAUCUGCGAGUAUCGGGGACGAGGCUCUUGUUCUCAUCUCACAACGCUGCCGCAACUUGACUCGGCUUAAGCUUCGAGGUUGCCGCGACUUGACCGACGUAGGUAUGUCAGCUUUCGCUAAAAACUGCAAGACUUUGAAGAAGCUUUCCUGUGGAUCUUGUAAUUUUGGAGCCAAAGGCAUGAACGCGGUUCUUGACAACUGCGCUGCUCUAGAGGAACUCUCAGUCAAGCGGCUCCGUGGUAUCACGGAAGGAGCUGCCGCUGAGCCAAUAGGACCUGGCGUUGCUGCUGCCUCCCUCAAAACGAUUUGCUUAAAGGAGCUUUACAAUGGACAGUGCUUUGGUCCCCUUAUUAUCUGUGCCAAGAAUCUAAGAACUUUGAAGCUUUUUAAGUGUUCUGGUGACUGGGAUAAGGUUGUCCAAGUGAUAGCUGAUGGAGUCACAGGCAUGGUGGAGAUCCAUCUGGAGCGGGUACAGGUCACCGACAUAGGUCUUGCUGCUAUAUCUAACUGUUUGGAUCUGGAGAUUCUACAUCUUGUCAAGACGCCGGAGUGCACCAGCGCCGGUCUCGCGUCUGUGGCAGAACGGUGCAAAUUGUUAAGGAAGCUUCACAUUGAUGGAUGGAAAGCAAACCGAAUAGGAGACGAAGGAUUAAUCGCGGUCGCUAAAUGUUGCCCUAAUUUGCAAGAAUUGGUUCUUAUUGGUGUAAAUCCCACGAAGAUGAGCCUGGAUAUGCUGGCCUCAAAUUGUCAGAAUCUGGAGCGGUUAGCAUUGUGCAGUGGCGAUACUGUUGGUGACGCUGAGAUUUCGUGUAUUGCUUCCAAAUGUAUAGCUUUGAAGAAGCUUUGUAUCAAGAGUUGCCCAAUUUCGGAUCAGGGAAUGGAAGCUCUUGCUACUGGUUGCCCAAAUUUGGUCAAAGUGAAGGUGAAGAAGUGCAGAGGAGUAACUUCAGAAGGUGCAGAUUGGUUAAGAGCAAAUAGAGGGUCUCUUGCAGUUAAUCUAGAUACUGGCGAGCCAGAGCAUCAAGAUGCAAGUGCUAGUGAUGGAGGGGCGCAGGAUAAUGCUGUUGAAAUUCCCGCAGCUGCUAACCACAUGGGUCCUGCAAAUACUGCAUCCAGUAGUAAUCCUCGCACAACAUCCUUCAAAUCAAGAUUAGGACUUUUAAGUGGUAGAGGUUUUGUGGCUUGCACUUUUAGGAGGUUGUCAAGUGGCAAUAGCAGAUAAGUAAGAAACUUCGCAAAGUAAAAGGAACUCUUGGUCCAGCACUAUUUAAUAUUAUUGUGUUGCAGUUUUAACAUCUGAUUCUGUUGCCUUGUAUUGGAUUGAAUGUGGUGUGCUGUUGGUUGUCUUUUGAAUUGAAUCUUCACUGCAAAAGGCGAGUUCCUUCAUUUUUAUUUAUUUAUUUCGUUUCUGUUUGCUUUAAUUUAUGUUUCUUUG